CUCUUCAAUGGGCGAUCGCAUCGUCGUUGUCGCUGCACUUUUUAUCGGUGCCUGUUGUUUACAAUUUUCACGCUAUCAACCGUACUGCAUUUUCCUCUCGAAGCGUCGAAGUUUCCGUGCUUACAACUUGUGAAUUUUCCAAUUUCUGUGUGAAUUAACGUUCCUCUAGAGUGUAUAAACUAUGUGAAGUGAUUUUAUUCCGGAUUGCAAUCAAGUGGACUCGCUCUGAAGUUGACUCGAAAAAUGGGUGACAGGGUUUACGCGGUCGAAAAAAUCCUGAAGAAAAGGACGAGAAAAGGCAAACAAGAAUAUUUUGUCAAAUGGAAAGGAUGGGGAAACAAGCACAGUACUUGGGAACCAGAAGAAAAUAUUUUGGACGCCAGGCUAAUUGAUGCUUUUGAAGCAAGGGAAGCUGGCGAGCCUCUGAGGCGAGGAAGGAAAAAAGAGCCUCGAGAGACUCGAUUUCAUGUAAGAGGCUCUUAUCAUGAAUCACCAAAAGAUCAGGAUGAAGAAGAUGAUCGAAAUGAUGUAAAUAACAAAGCACAGAAUGAGCGAGUAUCUGUUGAUACAGAAAAUGAUUCAGAAGAUGAAGACACUCGCUCUCAGGCGGAUGUAGAGAGGGUAACGUCACCAACCACAACUGAAGGUUAUGGAGAAAGGGAUGAGGAUGAAAGCAGUGAUGAUGGAGACGAGAGGGACAAAAGGCCAGUCGUAACAGGAACAAAACGCAAAGCGGAAGUACUGUCCAAAGAAUCAGGCAAAAUCGGUGUCACGAUCACUACUAGUCCUCCCAAUUCGCAAGCAAAAAUCCCAAAACUACAGUCGAGUAUCGCUAAAACUGUGUCAUCGUCACAUCCAACCUCUGCAAAUGUGCAGGGGAAAAUUGACGGCCGAAGGCCAUCAGCUGGAUCGAGUCCUAAGAGUAGCAUGUCUCCAAGAGAUACAAAUGAAGGUUCCACCUCUCCGCACCCGAACGCUAAACAGUCGAUCGGGUCUCAGUCGCUUCCUACCAGUAUAAAGUCGCCGCCUCCAUCACCUGUUUCCGCGCGGUCAGAUAAACGAACUGAAGCCAUCCUAUCACCAGUUAAUUCUCAGCCUAUGCAGGCAAAUGGUGGAGCCACUGCUGCUACUCCAGUGGCUGCCCGAGCAGAAGAACCUCCGAAAACAGAAGACGACCCCGCAGUCUCUAAUAACAAUAAUAACAACAUUCUAGUCAAUGGCCACCAUAACAAAGAAGAAAAAGUGGAACCUGUGCGAGUGACGCACAUUCUCACAAACCCUGGUCCAGACUACUGGCGAUCCAAGAACCCAGUUGCGGACGAAGUUUUCAUCACGGACGUCACAGUCAAUUUGAGCACAGUCACCAUCAGAGAGUGUAAAACUCAGAAAGGCUUCUUCAGGCAGAGAGAUGAUAAAUUCAAUAACACCGCGUCUAAUGACAUCAAAUAAGUGACUUCCCACAAGUGUAUUGUUCUUAUUCCCCCUGUAACCAAUGAGAUGAACCUCUUCAGUAAGGUCGAUGGAAUUUCAGCAUAGCUUUCAGAGAGUUAUCAGCUGCGUUCUUCAGUGGAUUCUCGACAGAAUACCUAAAUCUCAAUGAGAUGUUAAAUUAUUUUUUAUACCUUCAAGGGAAGGCAGGUCUCAAAACGCUUUUAUUAUAAGUGUUAAGUCUCACCAGGAAAGCAAAGGUGAGUCAAUUAGGUUAGGUUAGUGUUUACUGGUUAGGUUAACCAUGAACGGUUGAAUCAAAGACUUAACCAUCCAAAUGUUGUCAUAAAAAUGAUGCAACUUACGAACUGUAAUUUUAAUUAUUGCAAUGAAUUUUUAAUUACUUUUCCACUCAGACCUGUCGUGAGGAUAAAUUUCCACUCAGGCAAGAAUCUAUGAGGCUAUCUAUAAGGCUUCGUGAUUGUACGAUGUAUUUCAAGCACAUUGAAUUUGAGUUUGUUUAUAUUUUGCAAAACCCCACAAGAUCCAAAUAUCUUCUGAGUGUUUCUACUGUGUAGAAUUUGUAAAUAUAAUCAGCCGAAGCUUACAAAGCUCUGAAUUUUGCAUUGAUCCAAACCUGCUAAUGGAUACGGAUUAGAAAGAAAUCAUAUUUCUUAAUUGCUUGCAAUAAGUUUUCGUUUUUAUGAGUGAUUAGCUGUGUGUUUUGCAUUCUUAUGGGGCAUUUUUGCUGUUCUUUUACUUAUUUUUUGUUCAUUUACUCAUUUCACAAAAAUAUUUGUCAAUAUCUGGGACUUCUGGUUAAAUGAUUGCUUUAAUUUUACCAAAUUUGAAUUAGGCAUAAAGAGCAGAAAAAAGUCCUGUUAUUUCAUUGAGUUGAAAAGGCUAUGUUGCUCACCGUUAGUCAACCAAAGAAUUGAUGAAACCUUCGUUAUUCAGAAAUAGUUUGCUGCCAGUUUUAGACUGUAGUAUAUAACAAACCAAUCAAAUUUGGUCUAACUGUAACAAGUGUUUUGAUGAACAGCUUUAGUGCAGGGUUUCCACAAUCGAAGAAACAAUGUCGGGGAAUAUGACGAAAGUGUCAAUAGUUAAAUCCCCUUUUAUUUGCUUUCUAGGUAGUGUUUCAUGUUGCCAACAACGAGAGUCCUGUGUUUGGUUUAAGAAGUGGCACUUUUAACCAGCUUGUUUAUUUUAAAAAUAUCAGCGAAUUUCAUUUUCUAAUUUUUGUGGAAACCCUGUUUAAUGCCAUCUGGAAAUUCUUUGAGAAAAGACAGGCAAGGAGAAAAAAGGUAAUUUUUAGGUUUGAAAGUUAGACUUUCAAUGUUCGUAACAAAUUGCUUUGAAUUUUCUUGGAUUGAUGUUGUAUCGAAAAGGAUAAAUGUUAUUUAAUAAUUAGGAAUCCUAAUGAGCCGCAAGUUGACAAGAAGUAUUUAUUAUCAUUGUGUUUUUAUGUGCCUUCAAUUCUUUUGCUAUCAUGCAAUUCGGAUCCAUACUGCUUCCAAAUUGUUUUAAAAAAAAAUUGUGUUGUUUUUUUACCGUAAAUUUUCUUCAAAAUUUUGAUCUCACUGUCUAAGUUUGACUUUCUGGUUCAAAUUUUACAUGGAAGAUAAGGUCUUUUUCUUAGAAGGUUAGACACAAAUGUCUAUCUUUCCCAUAUUCUCUCAACAGAAUUACCAAAAAGUUUUAAAAGAGGAAUAAUUUCUCUCUAAAACACACUCUUAUGAUUGUUUUUAAAUUAUUAUAACAAUGACUGAUGUCGAUAAAUCUGUUUCUCAAAUUGCAAAGUUGUAGAUCUCUGCUCAUGUUUAAUUUUUUUAAAGGAAAACCAACCACCAGUUUCUGUCAAAAGUUUCAUUUUUCUUCACUUUUACUAGAAAAAUCACUCAAAAUUGAAGGGAAAAAUUUUAAUAAGUUUUUCUCGAAAAAAAAAUAGAAGGUAAUCAGAGAUUUUUUUGUAUUAAAAUUACCGUCUCCAGCACGAGAGAACUUAUCUUUGCUGUUUCAGUAUUUCUACAAACAUUUUAUUUUUUCAUGGGAGAACUGUGACAAGAAUUAAUCCAAAAAGUACGGAGUCAAUUCUAACUAGGGUUAAAAAAACUCACUAAAAAUUUUAGGAAAAUUUAUGUGACCGUUUUCCUGCAAACAAAUAAAAUGUAAGUAAAAAAUACUGAAACGGUGCAAUCAAGAUACAACCCUUAGUGCAGGAGACGUAUUGAGAUUCACAUUUUAUGUAAUCAGCCAUUGAUAAAUUAUUUUACUAAAGCUUGUAUAUAGAUUACGACUGUAUCAGAAAAUCCUAGCUUUUCAGGGGCUCAUUCUUGGUUAAAAGAAUCAUUCACGAACGUUUUUGAUCUGUUAGUUGUUCCUUUUAUGAAGAGGUAUUCAUCUCAUUGGUAUGUACAUUUCCUGUAUCAUUGAUGUUAAAUAUUUAAAUAAGUAUUCACAAUCUGUAAAUUUUUACCCUCACCUCUGUUAUCAGUUUGCAAAGUUAUUUUCUUGCAAAAGCCAUCUUUAUGAGUAUACAUGUAAACAUUUAUUUAUUUAUUUUUUUUGUUCAUGAAAGGAAUUACUUGCUUAAAGAGUAGUUAGUUGUAUCUGUAAAAACAAAGAUUUUUAUACUAUACCUACCGUGUACGUAGUUAGGUCUCACCUUGUUUUAGUUCUAGUUAGUGUAUAGAUCUGUCCUUUACUUUUUUCAGACAUUGAAUGAUGAGCUGUCCAUAAAUAAAACAUAAAUUUAAGAACGAAUAGUUGUUAUCGUCCCAUCAAUGACGUUCUAUGAAAUGAAGAAUGUCAGAAAAAGUCUGGAAUUCUUUACUAGUUUGAUUAGCAAAUUUUGAAUAGUUGGGAGAAGGUCUCUCUUGCAGUUUUGGAGAGCAGUUUUGCGGAAGAUGAGGGUUGUAAAUCUUUUACAAGUAAUUUUUUUUAGAAAAGGGGUAGUAAAGAAUCUCUGUGUGAAACACUUGAUUUUACUAAACCUAAAUCUUCGGGGAAUAUGAGUGCAUAAGUAUGCAUUUCCAUGGGAAUUUUCUUUCAAAAUGUGUUGAUUUUCAUAGCAAAUGAUGGGGUGGUUAUAUUUUCCUUAUGAGUACCGUGAUGGGAGUCCUUUCUUUUUCUUUUUUUUUAUAAAAAAACAGGAAAAUGAAAUAAUGUAAAUCUGUAUUGUAUAAUUUAUGGAUAGCUCCGAAAACGUGAACCUGAAUUGAAUUUUGUAGGUUUGAAUCAAAGGAGAAAGGGUCUGCUCCGUUUUGUUUGACUUGCUUGAGUGAGGUCAGGAAUUUUACUACAAAGGCCCAACGGUAGGAAUGAUAAUUGGGUCAUGAUAAUUUCUGAACGGUUUUAGAUGGGCUUUUUCAAGUGCUGUUAUCAGCCGAAUCCAAAAUUAUGCCAAUGUAACUCCGAUCAAUGAUGGAAAUGCAAAAAGAAAGCAAAGACUGGUCUCUCGCAAUUUGGUUGCAGAUGUUCUCUUUGGUUUUCACUAAGUAAAAGACUUCCUGACGUCUAUUUCACUGUCUAUAUAAGGUGAAAUUGAAGGCGUCAAUGACUCUCCUAGCCUUGCUAUUAGCCGAAAAUGUAACCUUGGGUCAUUUUUUACUCUCUUUUUACGAUCCAUUGGCUAUGAAAGAGUAUCUUCUUUGUAACAUUUUUGGCAAGUAAUAGUCAACAGCAAUAAUACUUUUUGUAGUGUGUGAUAGACAAUAAAAUUGUCUUUUUUAAAAGGGAAAUUUCUUAAGAAUGUGAAGCUGGAGUAAUUACAAGAUUUACUGUCCGUCUGCUUUGCUUUAUCUUUUAGAAUGAUGAAAAUGAGGUUUUUUUCCAAGCCAUUGUGCUCCUUCAAUAGCUGUGGUAGUUGAUAAAUUCCCAAAAUUUCUUGUACAUUUUGCAAGUGAAUUUUUUUGAAACAAAUUUCAUGAAAUCUUCUAUCUUUGUAACUGCAGAGGUUGUUUAAUAAUUUCUGAAUGAAAUUUCCUAGGGUAUAUUCGUUCUCUUUCCAUCCUGACUAAUAUUUCAACAGAUUUUCCUGUGCAAAGUUGGAUUCUUGCAUGCCUCAGGGAUUUACAAUUACAGUACUUUUUUUUGUGUAAAAUUUUGCGAGAACUCGAUAUCGUGUUGGUUUUUUCUUACACGAACUCUCAAACUUAAAAAAAGCUUCCAAAGUUGAGGACUUACUGGAGGGGAUCUCCCAUGAUGCGCUAAGAGUCCACCUUUAACAUUCAGUUUAAUUCCCCAUGCGCAGAUAAGGAGGGAAUACAUUAGCAGGGUUGCCACUUUUGUCAGCGAACUCCAAGGCUGGAACAGCAGGAACCUUAUUAAUGUAUUCGCUCCGUAUCUGUGCAUGAAGAGUUCAACUGGUUCAAAGGAAAUUAGUGGCACCAUUGUAUUUCUUGUGUAAUUUUACACGAAUAACUAGUACUUUAAUUGCAAGUUCUUGUGCUUUACAGGAGCUUAAUUGAAUUAUUUGAAAUCAUAAAAAAUAUUAAUGUAAUUUGACUCGUCAAUUGUUUCCUAGACUGAUUCUGUUGGUUUUUUUUCAAACUUUGGUGAAUCAAAUUAUUGUGUCAGAAAAUUUGCGUGAAGUUUAUUUGUUACAAUAUUCAAGUAUUUACUUUGUUAGUCAAUUGAUCGUCCAUUUUAUAGGACUUUUUAUUUAUACUCAUGAGUUUCUUUCCUCCUUUUUGUAUUACUUUUUUUUUCCUAUUUCAGACAGUGAUGAAUCCCCCUUUCUUUUUGCCCCACUGACUCCUAAUUUUUAGUGCGAGAUAUGCAUGAAAAUAUGAAUGUCCUAAAUUCUAGUUAUUAUUACUGGUCCCAUUAUUUUAGGACCUCCUAUCAAGCUAGAACCACAUUAUUACGUCAAUUGCUUAAGCAAAGAGUCAAAGACCCAUCUGCAAAACCAGCAUUUAAAACCUCUAGUUGCAAAGGAGAAAACAAUUUUUUGGUUGAACUCCAAUUGUAGGAUGUAUUUCCUGGCAGAGGACAAUUUCUUCAGCUGUAGAAAUUUUCAUCAUUCGAUACUUAAAAUUUUUAUUUCCCUACGUAUCAUUUUUUCUCACUCUCUAUCUCUCUCUAUAUAAAGCUUCAACAAGUGAUAUGUUAGUAAUCUUACUGCACAAUUUGUAUUUACUUUUCACGAUCGAAAACAGCCAUGGUUGCCGUGUAAAGUUCCUAUUAAAAAAUCAUUUCUGUACCCAAAAAAGUUCACGUUAAACUUCAAACGGUCAAAACUUUUGACUCUGUAUAUUUGUGAUUUACGCUAAGCCCUGUAAUUAAGUGCCCCACUAGUGACCUGCUACAAAUAAAACUAGAUGACAGUACUUA